UUGAUAAUGCACACAAAUAGGUUAUGUGAACUAUGCUCGACGAGUCAUAGACGUCUAAUAGUGUAAAAUGGGGUUUAUGCUGCCGACUUUUAAGAAAUGUUUGUGUUGUGUGUCACUGAGAACAGGCUCAUUUUUGAUUGGUUAUGUUUCAGCUGUGUUCUCCACAUUGGCUUUAACUCUGAUUUCUUUAUCACUAUACAAAGUUGUAUGUUACGUUGAUCAUACUAUAAAUGAUACAAUAACGGAGACGACAGUAGAAAAGCCAGAAGAUGUCCAUGAAGUGGCUACCAGCUUAUAUAUUGCACAUGCUUAUCUUAUAAUUGUGUUUCUAUACAAUUUAUUAAUAAGUCUACUACUCAUCGUUGGUUUGCAUAAGGCAAAUACGAAAUAUAUGCGAGACUAUUUCAAAGCUGGGCUGUUUCUACUUCUAUUGGCGCUGGCUACCGUCGUCUUGUCCACCGUGUUCUUGCACUUUAUUGUCACAAUUGCAUUAUUAAAGUGGAGUGUUAUAGUUCUCUACUGCCUCAUAAUGGUACGAAGUCAUUAUCUAGAACUUGAAGAAGCAAAUAAACCACCAGUGAUCGAAAUGGAAAGUCUCUACAAUCCACCGAGAGCGUCUCAUUUGUAUGCGUGAAGAACAUUAGCUCAUAAUAACGAUAUAAAAACAUUAGUCUGAUUUACUAUAAUAGUCUUUGUUCUAAUAUGAAAUAAAUUAAAAAAUAUAUUUCUUUCCUUGUCGGCUUCAUGAAACCACUUAGUCGAAUUUGAUUAGUUGUAGUACUUGUUGACUAUGAGAUAAAUUUAGUAUUCAUGCAGUUCCAGGUCGAAAAGG